AUUGAGAACACUGACAACCCAGACAAAGAUGAUCUGCUACAAAAGGUGAGAAAGGAACGUGGAUAUUCAUAUGAAGACCAGAUAACAUGUUCACGGGAAAAACUGCCCAACUAUGACGACAAGUUAAAAAUGUUUUUCACGGAGCAUCUACAUGCUGAUGAAGAAAUCCGGUUGUGUACCGACGGCAGCGGAUAUUUUGAUGUCCGGGAUAACAAUGAUGAAUGGAUACGUAUUGAGCUUGCUAAAGGCGAUCUGAUAAUUCUUCCUGCAGGCAUAUACCACAGAUUUACCCUUGAUUCUAAAAACUACAUCGAGGCAAGACGGUACUUUGUUGGUGAACCAGUGUGGACACCUCAUAACAGACCAAAUGAUGACCAUGAUGCCAGGAAAAGUUACCUAAAAUCCCAAGGCCAGGCAUAAAGCAUACAAAUAAAAACUUCAUAUCACACAUUACAUUUUUUUUGUAUAUGGCGGAAGUGAAACUUUGUAUAUUAUAUGGACACUCCUUGGUCACAAUUAAUUAUUUUCUAUGCAAUAUAAUAAAUACACAUCUGGAUAUAUAUUAUACAUAUACAUCUGUAUCAUACUUCAUUUGAUAUGUAGUUAGAAUAAAGAACAUGAAAAUCGAAUUUCCAUGUAAAAAAUGUUUAACCAUUCAAGUGCCUGAGGGGAUAAUAAAAGACCAAUGUCACACAGAUUACACCACAUCAGUUUGUGCAGUCUGACCGGUCAUUACUGAUGAAUGCUUGAUAUUUGUUUUUCAUAUUUAUAAUGUACUGAAAGUCCUUUACACAAGUUUAGCUUUGUUGACUUUUAAAUUAUGGGAGAAAGUUUUUAUAAUGACCACUGAAUGUGCUCAAAGCAGGAGAGAAGAUUUUAAUAUUUUAUUUUCUGAAUCAGUUAUUCUAGUGACAGUAGUUGCUAGGAAAUAUUAUCACAUUGAUAUGCCAAUAUUGUUUUAAGACAACUUAUAUUUAACUUUUGUUUUUUUAAAAUCCAUGUGACUUUUGUAGCUUACUAAAAUAACUUAGACUGUUAGUGAAGUCGAUCACAAAAUAUAUUGCAUGAGACCUAAUUGAUUAAUAUACUGAAAUAAUGGAAAAAAAUGUUAUUUUUCAAGAAAUAAUGGUAAAAAUUUCCUUAAAUGGUAUAUUUCACUAAUUUUGACAAGGUUAACACAAAAUUACAGGAGGAGAAAUCCAUCAUGCUUAAAAUUGAAAUUACAAGGGUGAUAAAUCCUUUAGGACUAAAAAAAUGAAAAAUUCAAGGGAGAUAAAUCCAUCUGGACUAAAAGUGAAAUAAACAUGCUUAAAAAUGAAAUUACAAGGGGAAUAAAUCCAUUAGGAUUAAAAAUGAAAUAACAAGGGGGGAUUAAUCCAUUAUGACAAAAUAGAAAAAAAUACAAGGGGAAUGAAGGCUGUGUUGGUUUAUUUAAAGCAUUAGGAUGACAAACUGUCAUAAAAUGCUGACGUAAGCAAUUAUGUAUUUUUUCAGAGGCCAGUGUAUAUAAUUACUGGUAAUAUUGAUUAAGGGAACUGUUAGGGCAUUGAUAAACAGAACUGUUAGAUGAUAUUAUUGUUAAAAAUUAUUUGUAAUGUAAAAAAAAUUUAGAUGCUUUUAGGAAUGUUGUUACUGAAUUAUUUGCUAUAUAGAAAUAUAUUAUGCAGGAGAUAAA